AUGGAAUCAGCCAUAAUCGGCAGCUUACUUCUUCCGAUGCACCCAGAUCGAACGUCCUUGCACAAAGCUUCCAGCGCGGGCCCUCCCUCCAAAUCUCAUGUCAACGCGACAGGUUUGAAAGUGCUCAUGUUAUACCUCAGGUACCCUCCCACGGCCAAAAGAAUUUUCCCAAUGCGACUAAUCUUCGAUGUCGAUCACAAUGACAGUUAUGCCAUGAACCCCUCAGAGAGUCUCGAUAUUGCAGGCUUGCACAAUAUUCACCUGCCCCAACUGCUGUCUACCUCAUCGGAAUUUCUGGUGGCAGCCACUGUCUAG